AUGAGCUGCAAGCUGCGGGAGUUCAUUCGCAACAUUCGCGCGGCCAAGACCGCUGCAGACGAAAGAGCCGUCGUCUCAAAAGAAUGCGCCGAGAUACGGACAGCUUUCAAAGAGGGAGACAGCCGCUACCGUCACCGGAAUGUGGCGAAGGUCCUUUUUAUUUCCAUGCUGGGCUACCCGACUCAGUUUGCUCAGCUGGAGUGUCUGAAGCUGCUGGCGUCUCCGCGCUUUGCCGAGAAGCGUGUCGGCUACUUGGGGUUGAGCUGUCUGCUAGACGAGCAGUCAGAGGUGCUCAUGCUGGCGACAAACAGCAUCAAGAACGACUUGCAGCAUCCGAAUCAGUACGUGAACGGCUUGGCGCUCACCGCUCUAGGCAACAUCGGCACGGCGGAGAUGUGUGGCGCGAUCAUGACUCAGGUCGAGGACCUGCUGCGUUGCAGCAACCCGUUCAUUCGGAAGAAGGCCGCCCUGUGUGGGGUCAGGCUCGUGAAGCGCGUGGAUGACUGCGAGGAGAAACUCGUCGCCUGCCUUCCUGCGCUGCUCGCGGACCGAAACCACGGCGUCCUCAUCUCUGCAUGCGCGCUCAUCACGGCGCUGGUUGAGAAGAACCCCGGUCUCGUGGACGGCUUGCGAUCGCACAUUCAAUCUCUCGUCAAAAGCCUCAAGGCCUGCCUCACAGCGGGCUACGCCCACGCUGCAGAAUACGACAUCGCCGGCAUCACUGACCCUUUCCUCCAGUGCAGACUCCUGAGGGUUCUCGCCCUUCUCGCCAAGGGGGACUCAGCGUCGAGUGCGUCGCUAAGUGAUGUGCUCGCUCACGUCGCAACGAACACAGAAGGAGCUAAGAACGUCGGCAACAGUGUCCUUUACGAAUGCGUUAGGACCAUUAUGACGGUUGAAGAUGAUCCUGGGCUCCGCGUUCUGGGAGUCAACAUCCUUGGAAGGUUCCUCUCCUCUCGAGAACUGAAUGUUAAAUACGUCGCCCUUGGAACUCUUCAGCAAGUUGUCAGAGUCGACAGCAAGGCCGUCAUGCGUCAUCGAGAUAUUCUGCUUGACUGUCUCAAGGACCAGGAUCUGUCUCUACGGCGGCGCGCGGUGGAGGUUAUUUUCUGUCUGAUCACGGACGACAAUGUCCGAGGCUUGGUCAAGGAGCUCCUGAACUUCCUGCUGAUGCUGAACGAUGCGGAAUUCAAGCAGCUCGUCAUCAACAAAAUCGCCGCGGCUGCUCACCGCCACGCGCCAACGGCGCGCUGGCAGAUCGAUACGCUCUUCAAAGUCAUGACCCUAGCAGGCAACUCGGUCGACGACGCGAUCACGUAUUCCUUCGUUGAUUUGGUUGUCUCGACGCCUCCUCUCCACAGCUACGUCGUCCACAAAUUCUUCUUUUCUCUGCAGGACUCUCUCUCGAACAACGCUGCACUCUGGCAGGCCGGCAUGUACUGCAUCGGCGAGUUUGGCGACUUGCUGGUGAAGCCCGAGAAAGACCAUCUGCUGGGGCCGAAUGGCAACAGUGGGAGCGUGACGCAAGAAAUGUUAAGAAUUUCGCCGCGCCAGGUCUCCGACCUCCUCGUGUGUUUCGCUGACCAGUUGCCGUCCCUUCCCCACGCGAAGCGCGUUGUGCUCACGCAGGCCCUUCUGACUGCGGCGGCGAAGCUCGCGUCUCGCCUGCCGUCCGAGCGGGAGAACUUGGUGGCUUUGCUCAAGCGCUUCGAGGCCAGCAGCAGCGUCGAAGUCCAGCAGAGAAGUUUGGAGUACGUCGCGCUCCUGGUAUCCGAAGAAUGGAAAGACAACACGGGCCUGUUCGACCGCAUGCCAGUCUGCGACCCCGCGAAGUUGUCCGCAAGGCGCAGUUUGGGAAGUCUGGGCAGCGUGCCCGCCUCGUCGUCGGGGCUCCUCGCCUCGCGCUCCGGGAGCGUCGAGGGCCUUGGGCCUUCGCCUUCCCGCCCCGUCGGCGAUGUCUGGUUCGACGCCACUGACGUUCCCCUCGACGUGGGCAGUCCUGCGGCUGGGGUCAGCGAGGAGGGGGAGAGCAAGGCGGCGACUCGGGCAUCGAGGGCGCCGCGCGCAGAGGCUGCCGCGGAGGAGAGGCACGCGCAGCGAAAUGGAGUCGAGAGCGGGAGCGCCAAGCCAGCAGGCGGAGAUCUGCUCGAUCUCGACGACCUCCUCAGCCUCGGGUCCUCCCCGCCAGCCGCGGCGGCGCCAGCAGCAGGUGGUGCGCGCGUGGGUGCAUCUGGGAAGUUGGACACUCCGUCGCCAGCUGGAGGCGCCGGGGCUGCGGCGGGGCGGCCGAGUGCCAGCACAAACAUGGACAUUCUCGUCGAUCUUUUGGAAGGCACGUCUGUCUCCUCGGCGCCUCCUCGCGGAACCGUCGCACCUCCAGCGCCGUCGUCCUUGGGCGACGGCGCAGGUCUGUCGGCGAGCCCAGUCGUCGAGUUCAUCUGCUCACGCCAGGGAGGGGGCAGCCCGGGCUGCGCGCUUCCCGGCGAACUUCAGGGGGCAGACGACAGCGCGCGCAUCAGGGCGGAAUUCCGAAAUCGCGGAUGGAAGCAGAUCACGAAUCUUUUAUUCGAGGCUGCCGUGCCCAAGUACCUGAAGCUGACAAUCCGGCCUGCCACCGGGACAAGUGUGCCGCCCAAUGGGGCGGGGGUCGUGACGCAAGACAUGCACGUCUGCUUCGGAGACGGGGAAAUGGCGGGCGGCGCGAAGCCGCUGCUCAUGAAGUGCAGAAUCUCUUUUAACAAAGACGGCGCUCUCGUACAGAAAUUCGUGAAUGUCGCAGACUUUCCAGCGGGACUGCUCGCCUGA